AGCGAAGCAAAGGAAGAAGAGGAAGCCAUGGCCAUGUCGCUCUCCCUCGCGCGCCUCGCCCUCCCGCUCCAGUCCCUCCCGGCCGCCGCCGGAAAGAGGCCGGCCAACGCCACCAUCUCCUUCACCGCCAACUCAUUCUUCGGCGCGCCGCUGGCUGUCGCCGCCGCCACGGCCACGGCGCUCUCCCCGGCGGCCCCGCUCGCCCGCUCGCUCUCCGUCGUCGCGAAAGCCGGAAAGGGGUACAAGAUGAAGACGCACAAGGCGUCGGCGAAGCGGUUCAGGGUGACGGGGACGGGGAAGAUCGUGCGGCGGUGCGCCGGGAAGCAGCAUCUGCUCAGCAAGAAGAACGCCAAGCGCAGGAAGAGGCUCUCCAAGAUGGUCCAAGUUAACAAGAGCGACUACAGCAACGUGAUGGGUGCUCUGCCCUACCUUAAAGUGAACAAGAAAGCGGGCGGAGAAUAUUAGGUCCUGGAAUAUGAUUCUGUCGCCGAUUUUCUGUUGACCAACAUGUAAUUUUGUGCAUCUUUCUCGGUAUUUCUUUUUUUUUUAAUGCAAGGCCUUGCCUGAUUCCAAGCAAGUAUAAACAACCAUUCAUAUGGACAGUCUAGUGAUGUUCCACAAUGAGAUGCACACUUGCUUAAA